UCCACUCAAACGAGACGCCGUCGGAAGACGCGACGCCGUGACGUCACGUUGGUCACGUGGCUUGGAUCACCUGACCAGCUGCAGACUUCCGGAUUGUAGCUUCCGGGUCGUGAGCGCUAUUUGCUGCACGUCGUCACUUUGUGGAACAAAUCAGGCAGAAUCUGGAACGCGGCUAUGAUUGCGUCCGACAGCGAGGACGACGCCUACACGGAGCGGACUGCGCUCGUCCAAUCGGAGAAUCCGGCCGUGCCGUCGUACCGGCCGGAUGACGCGUCCGUCCAGCGCUCAUCCGGAAGGCGCAGCGGGGACCCGGCGGCGGCGGCGGCCCGUGCUUCGGAGCCAGAUGACGACGAGCUGACCCUCAAGUACGGCGCCAAGCACGUCAUCAUGCUCUUCAUCCCCGUCACGCUGUGCAUGCUGGUGGUGGUGGCCACCAUCAAGUCGGUCGACUUCUACAGCGAGAAGACGGAUCAGCAGCUGAUUUACACGCCAUUCACGGAGAAUACGUCGUCGGUGGGUCGCCGCCUCCUCAACUCGGUCCUGAACACGGUCAUCAUGAUCGGCGUCAUCGUGGUGAUGACAGUCUUCCUGGUGUUCCUCUACAAAUACCGCUGCUAUAAGUUCAUCCACGGUUGGCUCAUCCUGUCCUCGCUGAUGCUGCUUUUCUGGUUCAGCUUCAUGUAUCUCAGCGAGGUGUUCAAGACGUACAACGUGGCGAUGGACUACCCGACGGCGGGCAUGCUGAUCUGGAACUUUGGCGCAGUGGGCAUGGCGUGCGUCCACUGGAAGGGUCCGCUGCCGCUGCAACAGGCCUACCUCAUCGCCAUCAGCGCGCUUAUGGCGCUGGUCUUCAUCAAGUACCUGCCCGAGUGGUCGGCGUGGGUCAUCCUGGGAGCAAUAUCCGUCUACGACUUGGUGGCCGUCCUGAGUCCGAAGGGUCCCCUGAGGGUGCUGGUGGAGACGGCGCAAGAACGCAACGAGCCCAUUUUCCCCGCCCUCAUCUACUCGUCCGCCGUGGCGUGGACGGUGGGGAUGGCGAGCCCCGCGGACAGCGAGCCACGACGUCAGAGAGACGAGGAGGAGGCAGAGCCAAGCGAGGAGGAGGUGGAGGAGGAGGAUGAGAGACGCCACUCGCUGGAGGGAGAGCAGGAGGAGCGAGGCGUGAAGCUGGGCCUCGGCGACUUCAUCUUUUACAGCGUCCUGGUGGGCAAAGCCUCAGCCAGCGGAGGCGACUGGAACACCACCAUCGCCUGCUUUGUUGCCAUCUUGAUCGGUCUGUGCAUGACACUGCUACUGCUGGCAAUCUUCAAGAAGGCGCUGCCGGCAUUGCCCAUCUCGAUCACCUUCGGUCUCAUCUUCUACUUCUCCACGGACUUUCUGGUGCAGCCCUUCAUGGACCGGCUGGCCGCGCAUCAGUUUUACAUCUGAUGGCUCAAGUAAAUGACCACGCUUUGACCUCAAAAAGCUCUUUUUCAAAAGACGCUCACGCAGUUUACCCGAUUUCACGGAAGCUCCCCGGAAUGACAAGUCUUUUAAGAGCUGUUGGACGGCCCUUCAAGACCCGGGGAAUUGGAUUUGAAACCAGUUUGAAUCACUGAACAAUCUAAAUCAAAUGCCAGUGAUGUAAAGAUUGAACUCAAACUUAAAAGAAUCAGAUUUCAAUUGCAACCUAAGGAAUUCAAUUCAGAUCAGAUCCCAACUUGAAAAAAUCAAAAUGGAAUCACAAACUAAAAAUACGGGCAGAUUGCCCUUGCCAAUGGAAACAUCCCAAGCCAGAUGGCAGGGAAUGAGUGUCAGGGGGCGGGGCCUGAGAAGCACGUCUGUAUGUUGUGACAUCCCGGCCAAUAAAAGAGGACUCUUGGUACGAGGUGAA